CACACCAGGUUUGGCAGCAGACAGCGCAGGUUCAGGAGGUGAACAGACACUGACUCCUGUUAUGAAGAUGAUGCUCGGCCUCGUCCUCCUCUCCCUCCUUGUCUAUCCAGUGCAGUCUCUGGAGUGCUACGUUUGCGCCUCUUCUGCCACCAAUGAAGAAUGCAACAACAACACCCAAGAGUGUCAGGCACUACUGGACACCUGCAUGACCAUCGUCGACACUUUCGGCUCUUCAAAAGCCAUAGUGAAGCAGUGUGCCAGCAAAACCACAUGUAGCGGAGCUGCCUCGACCGCCUCAGUCGACUCAAGCGGAAACGGAAACACGGUCAACUGCUGCAACAGCUUUAACUUGUGUAACUUCAGUGGAGCCGAGUCCGUUCACGUACAUACAACACUGCUGCUUUUGACUGUAGGUGUGUUAUUACUGCUGUCACACUGAGGUCAGUGCGAUCAACCAGUGCCGUCAGAAGCUAAAUGACAUUGCUGCUGUGUUUAGAACAAUGUAGGGAUGAUGAAUAUAAUGCUUCAUGUAAAGACUGGUAAACGUAUUUAGUUGGAGAUUAUGUUUUAAAUGUGAAUGUUGUAUGUAAAUGCUAAUUGUAUGUGAUAUUAUGGUUUUGACACUGAAUUUCUCAGCGUUCUAACACUUAUAUUUCCUAUAUAAUCUUAGGCAUGUGAAUACUAUCAAAUUCAUGCCGUACCGUGCUUGUUUAGUCUAAUGAAUGGAUCCAAAAUAAAGCCUACAACCACUUUAGAGGGUCAUAAUACAUAGAGCAGUAUGAGUUGGCUCUAUUCAUUGGAUCCUUCACCUGCUGACACAAUCAUGGGAAAGACCAAAAUCACUUAGGUCUCAUUUAUGGCUUUAAGACUUCAAAUCAUUUA